AUGGCGCGAAAAGAAGCAAAGCCUGAAAUCACUCACCACGAGGCGAUUGAAAAGAAAAAGGUCAUGAUCCCACUUCUAAGUGACGAUGAGGAUGACGAAGAUAGGUCGGACAGUAAUGAUGAUGUGCUGGUAAAGCUUUCGAAUCUCUCAACCAAAAUGGAAUUGCUGUGGCACGAUAAUUCCCAUCACACGCUUUGGCAGCGAGAUUAUGUUGUCCAAUGCUACCGAGAAAAACCACACGUCAACCUGACUGAGUAUGCUCAGUUGGAUGGAGCAGAAUACAGCUGGAUCACAACCAAUCGGAUUCAAACAGUUUCUGAGAAGUAUCCGCACUGCAAAUGUGUAGUCGUACAGGAUAUAGAGCCCGACGAAGAGCUGAAACGGAGUGAAAUUCUCCCAAUUCUUGUUUUCAUGCGUUGGAGAAUGGGUCUGUAUUAUUACCAGCAACAUGAAGUCUUUCCAGUUGAAGUCCUGUCCCUCUAUGGUGGGCAGGCUCGCAUCCUUAUCCCCUCAACCGGAGGCGAGUGCCUUUUAGCGUAG